AUUUAAGUAGCUUCACAUCAGCGUCCAGAGUCAUAGUGAAUCAAGUUGGUCAGUGCAGGAGUAGACCCUGGCAUUUUCUUCUCAUUGAGGGGCGGGGUGCUGUAGAGAGAACGCAAAGGUCAACCGUAUCCCCUUUCACUGGGAAACCCAAUAGGGUCAUUUGUUCUCCAUUGACGUUGAAGGGACCGGUAAGAUGUGUACUGGAAAGUGCUCCAAGGUCAUCGCGAUCUCGCUCUACGUCCUAGCGGGAGUCUCAAUCAUCUGUAACAUCAUGGCGUUCUUCCCCGGCUGGAGUACGGAGUACACCAAAACGGAUGGAGAAGGAAACGGAGCCCGGAUCACUGAUGAGGUCAAAUACAUGGGUGGCCUCAUCGGCGGAGGACUUAUGUGCCUUGUUCCAGCCAUCCAUAUCCACUUGACCAGCAGUAACGGUUGCUGUGCCAACCGCUGUGGGAUGUUCCUGUCAAUUGGGUUCGCUGCGGCAGGUGUGGUUGGAGCUCUUUAUAGCCUGGCUACUUCGGCCCUGGGCCUGGCCAAUGGACCUGUGUGCCUUUAUGCAGAUACAACUUCUGUUCUAGUGUGGGGGAGACCCUUCCUAAACAACAACGGGAGUUACCUGGGUAACUCAGAUCUGUGGAAGACAUGUCUGGAGCCUGAAGAUGUUGUUCAGUUUAAUUUAGGAUUGUUCGCCACAUUGGUGGUGGCUGCAAGUCUGGAGCUGGUGCUUUGCGCAAUACAGAUGGUCAAUGGACUGUUUGGGUGCCUUUGUGGUACAUGUGGAGGCAAGGAGGAAGCAUGAUGAUACAUGAUGACUGUAGACUGUGACCAUUUUUCUACCAGGACCACUUGAUGAUGACAA